CCGAGCGUCUCCUGAUGCUGAAGCUGCUCACGCACCAGCCGUUACGUGAGGACGAUGACGCACUGUAGCGGCAGAGAUGAUCAGCACCGCUGGAUACAUGGUGGCGUUUGGCUGACGCUGACCAUCUCAUCCUGGUGUCACUGAGGAGGGGAACGGCUGCGCGUCGUCGUCAGGAGGAACUGUCCGGAGAUGGACGGGGGGACUGCGGAAACCGGGGACGAUGAGAGGACAGGUGGGGAAACAGCUGCUGGCCUCUGUCUAGACCUUGACCUGGGGGAUACCGAUUCAGCCAAGAGAGCACAGAUUACAGAGAUGCCGUCCCCAUUCGGUUUGGGCGCAGCCCAUGAGAAAAAGAUCGGCCACAGGAGGGUGGAUGCAUCCGGAGAGACAACAUACAAGAAGACCACCUCCUCUGCCUUGCAAGGGGCCAUCCAGCUGGGCAUUGGGUAUACUGUUGGCAACCUCAGCUCCAAGCCUGAGAGAGAUGUGCUGAUGCAGGACUUCUAUGUGGUGGAAAGCAUCUUCUUCCCGAGUGAAGGCAGUAACCUCACACCAGCCCACCACUACCCAGACUUCAGGUUUAAAACAUACGCCCCCGUGGCCUUCAGGUACUUCAGAGAGCUGUUUGGGAUCAGACCAGAUGACUACCUGUAUUCUCUGUGUAACGAGCCGCUUAUUGAGCUGACAAAUCCAGGAGCGAGUGGCUCCAUAUUCUACGUAACUCGUGAUGAUGAGUUCAUCAUAAAAACUGUGCUGCACAAAGAGGCAGAGUUUCUACAGAAGCUCCUUCCUGGUUACUACAUGAACCUUAACCAGAACCCUCGGACUUUGCUGCCAAAGUUUUUCGGCCUCUACUGUGUCCAGUGUGGGGGCAAGAACAUCAGAGUUGUUGUGAUGAACAAUAUUUUGCCACGCUCUGUACGGAUGCACCUCAAGUUUGAUCUGAAGGGCUCUACAUACAAGAGGAGAGCAUCCAAGAAGGAAAGAGAGAAGUCCAAACCCACAUUUAAAGACCUGGACUUUCUAAAUGACAUUCCUGAGGGCCUCACCUUGGACCAGGACACAUACAGCGCCCUGGUCAGAACUCUGCAGAGAGACUGUCUGGUUCUGGAAAGUUUUAAGAUCAUGGACUACAGUUUGCUGCUGGGAGUCCACAACAAGUCCCAAGCGGAGAGAGAGCAGCAGUCUCAGGGCUCGCCUGCAGGAGGUGCGGAUGAAACGAAGCGUGCAGCUCAGAGGGCUUUAUACUCCACUGCCAUGGAGUCCAUACAGGGAGGCUCCACAUGCAGGGACCCUCUGGACCAUGAUGACACUAUGGGUGGAAUUCCAGCUGUGAGUGCUAAAGGAGAGCGCCUCCUGCUCUUUAUUGGAAUCAUUGACAUCCUGCAGUCGUACAGACUGAUCAAGAAGCUGGAGCACUCUUGGAAGUCUCUCAUCCAUGACGGGGACACAGUUUCAGUCCACAGGCCUGGUUUCUACGCUGAGAGAUUCUACAAAUUCUGCAGCACCAUCGUCUUUAAGAAGAGCUGCUCGCUGCGAUCAUCUCCAUCCAAGAGAGGACGAGGGCCUCUCAUGUCCAAAUCCAGCGUAGGCUCUGUCGGACAUCGUCCCUCAGUGAGCGAAGACAAGCAGGAAAACCAGGACAACUUGGAGAAUCUACGAGGAGCUCGCAGCUUCCCUAUUCUAGAGGACAACGGGAAAGAGCCACCCUGCACUCCUCCGUCCUUUGAAGAUGCUACCACAGCUUCUAUUGCAACCACGCUCUCCUCCAACAACUCCCUACCCACAACUCCUUUCGAUACACCAGAGCACCCACGCUUCAGGAGACAAAUGCCUUCCCCAAAUGUGGCCAGGUCACAGAAAUGUGAAGUGCGUGGGGAAAAGCAGGACACCAUAACAGUGGAGGUGGAGCUCAGUAAAAUCCCGAAGAGCACUGAGCUCACACAGCUGACAGAAAAGACCUCCCCCAGCCACCUCUCUCCUGAUCGUGCCAUCCCUCCAUCCAUCCCUCGCUCUACCACUCCAUCCUCCGCACAUUCUUCCUCCACCCUCCCUCCUUCCUUCCAGUCUUCCUCCUCUGCUUCCCAAUUAGCCGGCCAGUCCUCCGCCACACUUUCUUCUUCCAUCCGCCCCUCCACCAAACCUCUCACCUCUCCUACAGCAGCUCAGUCUUCCUCUCUCUCUUCCCUGACUACACAAUCUAAGUUUCUUUCUCCAGUCCCAAACGCCUCCACCCUCCCUCCUGCGUCAGCGUUUACCCCCAUCUGCCCCGCAUCUCAUCACUCCUCAACCCAGAGCUCCCCUCACCACUUCCCCUCCACCCCUCCCUCCUCCAACCCUGUAAGCCCUCAGAGGCCACCGCGGGCGCUGGGUGCAUCGAGCAAUCAGCUGUCUGUGUCCAGCAGCCACAACUCGCUGGAUGGGGAGGUGCCAGUGUCUGACAUCUACUUUUAUGCAGAUGGCAGAUAUUGGGUGUACUCUCCGAUUCUCGGCCGCCGUAAGCUAAACUCUAGCUCAAGUUCCAACCAGAAUCAGGAGGACCGAGGCUGGGUGUGCUCUCCUCUGCACUACGGCUCAGAGUCAAGAAGAGACUCCGAUGGGGAGAGCGAGACAUAACUCACAGUGGAGACAGCAGUGAUGGGCGUAGGACGAAGCUGUCUCCAUGUACAGAGCUGGCUGCCCAAACUGCAUGAGUAGCUUGCAGAGGCUAAGGGAAUGACCUGAAGUGUUCAAUUACAUACAGUAAAAAAAACAAAAAA